CCCGGCGUCACUUCCGCCGCUCCGUAGCAACGACGGCACGGCGGCAGCGAGGCCAUGGCUGAAGUGGAGGAAACCCUAAAGAGGAUUCAAGCCCACAAAGGGGUUGCCGCAACUAUCGUUAUAAAUGCUGAAGGAAUUCCGAUAAGAACAACCCUUGAUAACUCUACAACAGUCCAGUAUGCAGGUCUCCUUCAUCAGCUCACCAUGAAAGCUAGGAGCACAGUGAGAGACAUUGAUCCUCAGAAUGAUCUAACCUUUCUUAGGAUCAGAUCAAAGAAACAUGAAAUUAUGGUAGCUCCAGAUAAGGAGUAUCUCCUGAUCGUUAUUCAGAACCCAUGCGAAUAGUCCUACUAUGGCAAUAUUUUUAGAGACAGUGAUGUAGUUCUACUUGUUAAACUAAUAUUACUUGUUGAUGUUUAGUAUCAAACAUAGCACUAAGUAAUUUUACAUAAAGUGUAACUGUCAUGACUGAAAUGUUGCCAAUUUAAAGUUCUCAGUUGUAGCUGCAUCAAUUUGUGUUUGAGCAAAUCAUAAUGCAUAUAUCAAAAUAUUGUAUGUUCAUCUUGAUACUCAGAAGAACAAUAAUAAAGCAAAAUGCUUAAA